UGUGGGAACCCCAAGUCUUGCCCACUCCUCUUCUUUCCUUGUAUCCUUAACCCCCGAAAGAGAAGGGAGGAGGGGAGGAACAUGCGAUCUCCGUCCAUUUUCGCCUCCCUGCAGAUGGCGAAGCUUCCUCCUAUUUUAAUUGGAUUCGGAGGUGCCUUCCUUCCUCUUGGAUUGAAUCCCCCCUCUCCUUUCAAUUCUUCCUCCCUCUCCAAUUGACGCAAGCUGCACCCUCCUCCUCCGCCUUCGUACAUCAUUCGCCUCGAACCCUUUUCCUCUUCGCAAGCAGACAUGGAAUCUUAUGGAUAUGCCUCUCGCUUCUGUCCCUUCUCCCUCUUCUCACCGGCCAGUUUUGCACAACGGAUUAGAGACACCUGCAAUCUCGACGUUUCAGCUGCCCUUGGCAACAUCUUCUCCGCCAUCUUAACAUUUUUCUUCGCUUUCGUGGGGACUUGGCUGGGAGCAUUCACAGGAGCUUUGAUAGGCCAAGAAACUGAGAGCGGAUUCAUAAGAGGGGCUGCGAUUGGGGCCAUUUCUGGGGCUGUUUUCUCCAUCGAAGUGUUCGAGUCUUCCCUGAUCCUCUGGCAAUCCGAUGAAUCUGGAACUCGAUGCCUCCUCUACUUGGUUGACGUCAUUGCUAGCCUUUUAAGUGGGAGACUUGUUCGAGAACGUAUCGGUCCAGCAAUGCUAAGUGCGGUGCAGAGUCAGAUGGGAGCCAUGGAGUCAAGGUUCCAGGAGCAAACAGACAUCUUUGACACGGGUGGAUCCAGGGGACUAACUGGUGACUCUCUGGAAAAGAUCCCAAAGAUGAGAAUCACGGGCAACGACAUAGACUUCUCUUGUUCUGUCUGCCUUCAGGAGCUGCGAAUGGGGGAGAUGGUGAGGAGUUUGCCGCAGUGCCGUCAUAUGUUCCACCUCCAUUGCAUUGAUAGGUGGCUUCUCAGGCAUGCUUCUUGCCCGCUCUGCAGAAGGGAUCUCUGAGCAAUCUCUGCUUUCUUCUUGUGAAUAUGAUGAGUCCAGGAACACACUCUCUAGUGUUGGCUCGAUUAGUUUUUUUUUUUUUUUUGAUGGAUCAAAUCGUCCCAGGUGAUUGAUUGUAGCUCCUGGAGGUCCUCGUGUUGUAGUGUAAUCUUAUGUAUGGAACUGAUUCUUUGGCAUUAUGUUUAAACAAGGCAGUCGUAGUGUUCAUACGUUGUGGUGAAUUCAUUCUUCGGCAUUGCAUA